GACAGACGACAUGACAUCAAUCAAAAUUAAAUAAUCCAAUAUGGCGUAGUGCUUGGAAAGGGGCUGUUCGCGAAUAACAUCCCUCAAAUUUCUGUUUUUGUGAAUAGUUUCCUACGAGUUUAAAUGCCUUACUAUAUAAUGUAAGUCAACACACCUAAUGAAGCCAUUCUCGUAUCCUGAAGAUGCCAGUUAAUUCUGUACCUGAAACGAAAAAGGGAAUCGAAAAAUCUAGAUUUUCUCUAUCAUUAAACAGAAAUAAUGCUGUACUGACUAAUGAGAACAGAAAACUAGGAGACAAGAAUAUUGACUCUUCUAAGCUCUCUACUAGUGAUAAUAAGGAAAAUAAACCAAUAAAACGGCCGUUGAACAGAACAUAUAAUAAUACAUUAAGCGCCGCAAAAAAAUUAAAGCCUCUUGAGUCAUCAAAACCAUCAGAACAAUCUUCAGAACCAGAACUGAUAGUAACUCAGCCUCUACAAUCCACCUUUGCCAUGUUGAAUGGCCAUCACCCAUCAGACAACCAGUAUGGGGGCACAGUGCAAAAGAAGACACCUAUUGCCACACUCUCUAACUUAGGGAAUACCUGCUUUCUCAACAGUGUGCUCUAUACUUUACGAUAUGCACCUCGUUUUCUUCAUAAUCUGCAUCAUCUUGUAUCAGACUUAGCUAGUGUGGAACAAAAACUUGGUAGUAUCAGGCAGAAGAGUUCAUCUCUGGGCAGAAGUGCAGCUGGCCUCGCAUCCUCAGGGGCAAGAUCUUGGAGCAGCAAGGACCUUCUAUCAUUAGGACAGUCAGACAACAGUUCAGGGAAAAGUAAAAUUCAGAUAGCAACAGAGAAAUUACAUGAGACAUACUUUAAUUUGCGCGCAGCCGAGAGUAAAUGUAUCAACAGUGGCUCGGCUGACGCAAGUCCCGAACCGUUUGCUGCAGACGCCUUCCUUGCUGCACUGAGGGAUGUCAACUCCACGUUUGAAGGUAACAGACAGCAAGAUGCGCACGAGUUAUUGGUCUGCAUAUUGGACAAUAUACGCGAGACAUGCAGGGCGCUCUCUGCGCGUGCAUCCAGGCUGCAAAUCCAUGAAAAUGGCGAAAGCAACGGAAUCGGUCGCCAGCCGAGCUUGGACGGUGACGGGGGGAAGCCCACGCUCGGCAACUUACGUAAGUCGUGGAAGAAACGUAAAGAGGUGAAAGCGAACGACAAGAGGAACUCUCCGACGGACGACCGCGCCUCCUCGCCCGCUGACCUCGAGCGGGACGAGAGGACGCGGCCCGGCUGGGACUUCGUUGCUGAUGAUUUUGAAGGCACGAUGGUGGUGCGCACGAUGUGCCUGGAGUGCGAGAGCGUGACGGAGAAGGCGCAGGCGGUGUGCGAGCUGUGCGUGCCGGUGUGCGACGACGAGCCCGCGCGCGCCGACGACGAGCCCUUCCGCGCCGCCUGCCUCUCCAGCGAGUACCUGCGCGACCAGAACAAGUAUUGGUGCGAGCGCUGCCUACGCUACAACGAGGCGCGGCGCAGCGUGGCGUACUCGCGGCUGCCGCGGCUGCUGGUGCUGCAGCUGAAGCGCUUCAGCGGCGGCAUGGAGAAGAUCACGCGGCACGCACCCACGCCGCUGCUCAUGCCGUGCUUCUGCGAGCCCUGCGCACGGCGCCCGCCUGAAGUGCCGCCCGACCACAGAUAUGUCCUAUGGGCGGUGAUCAUGCAUCUUGGGCAGACAUUAACGGGCGGGCACUACGUGGCGUACACGCGGUCAGCGGCUGCAGCGACCGAGACCGGUCGGUGUGCACGAGAAACCGGAACCGGAAGCAGCAGCGGCGGCGGGGAAGGCGCGACUAACAACGCGUCGUCCUUCAUGCGCAGCUUGUUCGCUCGAGGCCGCCCAGCGCCAGUGGGCUGCGGUGCACGCGACUGCUGCUUGCCGCGGCCGCGAGCCGACUGCUGGCUCGCCUGCGACGAUGACCUCGUCAAGCCCAUCUCCAAUGAGGAGUUCGAGGAUUUAUUAUCAGCCGAGCCCAAAGUUCGCACAGCAGCGACACCCUACUUGCUGUUCUACGUGCAGAGCGACGCCGGCUAGUGCAGCUCUAUGCGUGAGCAAGUGUCGGUCGGCCGAGGCACCAUCCGCCGCUGUCCGCCCGGUAGACGGUUAACCGCGAGACCGAUGCGAGAGAUUCGGUGGCGCGCGGCGUUUGCCUACUUCUUCAUAAUGUACUAUCUCGGUGCAGGCUGCCUUGUGUUAAUUUUCCAUAUAUAUUCCAUUGUUUUCAGUUGACCAUAUUUGACUAUUACGGUUCAAUCUUAGUGUGAGAGUACAGUGAGCGAAAACAUGUCAUUUGUUAUGCUAUAUUAUUUAGAUGCUUAAAACGAGACUAAGUAGUAGGCACAAGUAAAUAUAUGAGCCUGACGUGAUACUAUUGAUGUAGCUAAAAUAUAUAUAUAAAAAUUUAGUGUACAGAUAUCAAACGAAGAGUUAUAAAAAUAUAUGGAACAUUUCACAAAUAUUUUCACUUGUUACUCCGACAAUAUCAAACAAAUAUGUAACGGUUCAGAUUAACCUUCCAUUGUAUACUGAUUAUAUAUUUGAAAUUAAUAUGUUAAUGCGUGAAAUAUUAUAAAGAAAAAUGUAUUUUGCUGCGCUGUUAGCAUAUAUUUAUAAAUAUGGGCCUAAAAUACAGUAUAGUCUAUUUUUAAACAUAAUUUGUUUAAUCACAGUGUUACGAUUUUACUUGAUAUUUACUGCUUGAAGUAACAAUAUUAGUCUCCUUUAAAAAAAAUAUUCUAAAUAAUAAUGUAUCUGAUCCCGAAAAUUACAAUUUCUAUAAAUUUGUUUCUCGCUGCUGAAAUUGGAAAAUUUGUAGUUUGCUUAUUUAUAUAUAUACAAAUUGUUAAAGGGUUGUUCCCAUUAUGAUAGAAAUGCAUGCAAAUAAAAAAUCUCCCCCCAUCAUGAUACUACAUUCCAACACUGGGCAUAAGAUACAUGACGUAAAAGCCAUCAUACCCUAUCCCAACUAAUUAAAGAUCUAUAAAUUAAUAAUCCCCCAUUAAUAGGACAAGGUGUGGUAAAAUCUUUGAUGAUGAUGAUGAUGAUGAAUGGAUGAUGAAGUUUAAACUCUACCUGUAUUGUAUACAAAGUUGUUUUUGACUAACUCCCAUAUAAAAACUAAAACAUUCUACAAACCAUUUUAGCUGUUUCGUUUCAUUUUUGUGUUUCUUUCAAAUUAAGAAUUUAGUGCAAAAAAGAAAACAAAACACUUGAAUUACUAAAAUAGGUUUAUGAGAGAUUUGACGGUUUUUAUCAAUAAGGGGGCAAAUAUAUUUGAUUAAUGCGAUGGCAUAUGCAUGCUUCCUUUAUAUAAAUUGUAUUUAUACAAUAUUUUUUUUCGUCCACCGACGGUUUUUUUUUAAUGGAAGAUAGUGGUAUGGUGAGCUCGCCUGCUCUAUCGGUAUACGCUGGCGAGACACCAAGGUAGGAUGAUAGAUGACGAUGAAAGCAGGUCAGUUUGCCCAUCGUGAUGAAUUCCACUAGAACUAACCACGAUGGUUUCCAGGGGGAAUCGCGCGGAGGUCGACCUGAUAAGGUAUAUUGCUAGCAAUGGGUCAGACCCCAUUACUUGCAAUCCUUUGCCCCCCAUCCACCGACGGUUAUAAUCAGAGUGUCUCUAGGUAACCAUCAGUAGUAAAUCAUUGACAACUCUCACAUCUCGACAUCUUCGCUACAAACUAGGCAUAGAUAAUAUGGAUACCCAAUUCGAUAUCUAUAUAUCGGGUACCUCUGGACGUUGAUGACGGAAAAAAGGUCAUCAUCUAUUUCGAUAUCGCCCAUAUCGGUCUGAUAUCUAUUUUCGAACAAGUUAAAAGUCUGCUAUUCAAUAUUAUUUUUUGGAUAACAGACUUAACAUAUUGGUUAUUGGUUCAGUAGAUAUUGUAACUAAAUAUAUAGAUAUCGCUAUAUAUUUUUUUUAAAUGGAUGAUAAUGGAAUGGUAACCCCACCCGCGCUAUCGGUAUACACCGGCGGGGCACCAGUGAAGAAUGAUAGGUGAGGAUGAAGUAGGUCAGUUAGCCCAUCGUGACGAAUUCAACAAGAAUUGUUCACGAUGGUUUCCAGGGGGAACCACGUGGAGGUCGACCCAAUAAGGUAUAUUACUAGCAAUGGGGCUGUCAAACUCCAUUGCUAACAGUCGUUUUGCCCCCAUCGCUAUAUAUGGAAAUACAUUAAUGGAAACACCCCUUUACACAGGAAAGCUAAAAAAAGACAACCACAGACAAUAAAUUGAGGUAAUUUAAUUCUUUGUGUCGUGACUACGAAUUGUAAAACACCUUUUGUUAUUAAUUAAUUAAAAUCCAAACAACGCACAUUAGAUUUAAUUUGAAAUUGUUUUGUCAAUUGUUCGCUAAACUACAACGAAAUAAUUGCUUGCUCUAUGACUGCUCUCUACAAAUUGACAGUAUGCAAUUAAGAAUUUAUUAUGAACUAAGGGUUUGUUAUGAAUUCAACAAUAUUUUUCUAUGUGGCAGCUAAAUUGUUGCUUAGAGUGCAAUGCCUAUAUGGCUGGCUAUAACUGCAUUGCCUGUGAAAUUUCAAACAUUUUUAGACUGCUCUUUUUAUAUCAUUUUUUUUUUCAUAUAAUUUUUAAUUCUUGUUGUAGAUAUUAUCUCUACAUAUUAUAAAACGACAGUAUGUCUGUCGGUAUGUUUGCAAAGACCUCAAAAAUUACUGAACGGAUUUCCAUGCGAUUUUCAUUUAUCAACAGAGUGAUAAGGUAUAGGUGUUAAUUCAACAAGGUUUUGUAAAAAUCAAAGAAAUAUGACGAUUGUGGAAGAUAUCGAUAAAAAUCAACCCACCUGGGAGCUUUUAGCCAUAAUUUUAAUUUUUCUUUAUUCCAUUUGAGAUAUAACAAUGUUUGAUAGAAUUGUUUCUCUUUUAUAAGUCUACAAUUGCGCAAUAACAUUUGUCUAUAUUUAAAAACUAGCUUACUAUACCUAUCUAAUUCACACUCGCAACAAAUUGAUGCAAAAAAAAAAAUAUAAGCAUAUAUGCUCUAGUACCCUUGCGGAGCCGGGAUGACUCACUAAUACUACAUAUAUAAAAACAAAAAACAUGAUUAUAUAUAAUCCAUUAAUACAUUUUUCAUGCUUACAAGGAACGAGUGAUCUUCAAAAUUAUAUAUAAAAUAAUUUCAUCUUUGAAAUUUGACAGGUAACAGUCUUUGGUCAGGUAUACGGUAUGUAUGUACUCCCUUGGUUCAUUACAACGUAUCCGACCUAUUUAUGUAGAUAUAAUGAAAUUCAUAAAAUACUACAUAUUUUUUUAUUGAUAAAAUAUUUUCUGUUAUACAAUAAAUAAGCAAUGUUAAAUAAUUUUAAUCACGUUCGCUUAUUAACUCUACCAUUUACAAUUUGUGAAUUAUUCCAUUUUUAAAUUACAUAUAUACAGUAGCAAAUAAAUUUUCAUAAUUGUGUAAUUGUCAACUAAGUACCUAAGAUUAAGAACUUUUAGUUCAAUCUAAUUGGUACUUACCAUAAUCGCUGACAAUAUUUCAUGUUACGUAAAAAAAGAUAUAUUGUGGAAUAAUUGAGUAGAAUAGAUUUUCAGCUAGAAUUAAGAAUCGAACGUGUUUAACAUAUUGCGGAAGGGAUCUAUAAUUUUAAUAGCUGUAAAUGUUUCGGAUGCCAUUCCUAAAACCUUUGCAAAAGGUAAAAUUCUUGUCAGUAGAUAUAUACGAAUUUUAUGUUUAUGAUUUAACAGACAAAUUGUUACAUCGUUACUUUUAAUUGUAAAUUGGAUUUGGAUAAUAAAAAUAAGUUCUAUAA